UUUUAGAGGUCGCACUUCCUUUCAAGCACGAGCUUUGGGAAAAUAACAUCAGAAACCCAAACGGCUCGAACAAGACUCUUUAACAACUGUUUAACCACAGGAAUCGGCCCACACAACAUUUAUACCUCGUUUUGAAUACGUAAACAUCCACAAACAACAUGCCGCAGAACGAGCACAUUGAGCUGCACCGUAAGCGCCACGGUUACCGGCUCGACCACCAUGAGAGGAAGAGGAAGAAGGAGAGCCGUGAGGCGCAUGAGCGCUCACAAAAAGCCAAGAAGCUCAUCGGUCUGAAAGCCAAACUGUACCACAAGCAGAGGCAUGCCGAGAAGAUCCAGAUGAAGAAAACAAUUAAGAUGCACGAACAAAGAAGAACCAAACAGAAAGAUGAUGACAAGACACCAGAAGGAGCAGUACCAGCUUAUCUGCUGGACAGAGAGGGCCAGUCUCGUGCCAAAGUUCUGUCUAACAUGAUAAAACAGAAGAGGAAGGAGAAAGCUGGAAAGUGGGAGGUCCCUCUUCCCAAAGUGCGUGCUCAGGGCGAGACGGAGGUUCUGAAGGUGAUCCGCACCGGAAAGAGGCAAAAGAAAGCCUGGAAGAGAAUGGUGACCAAAGUGUGCUUUGUCGGAGAUGGCUUUACACGCAAACCACCAAAAUAUGAACGCUUCAUCAGGCCAAUGGGUCUGAGGUUCAAGAAGGCACAUGUAACUCAUCCAGAGCUGAAGGCUACAUUCUGCCUGCCCAUCCUGGGUGUGAAGAAGAACCCUUCCUCUCCGCUCUACACCACACUUGGGGUCAUCACCAAGGGAACAGUCAUCGAGGUCAACAUCAGUGAGCUUGGUCUGGUCACGCAGGGUGGCAAGGUCAUCUGGGGUAAAUAUGCACAGGUGACCAAUAACCCAGAAAAUGAUGGCUGCAUUAACGCGGUACUGCUGGUGUAAUGGAAUUAAUGAACUGUGCCUAUAAGUGCAGCUUUGGACCGCAAUGACGUUGGAUUAUUGAAAUUUUCUCCAAAAUGCAGGAGAUUGGCAUUUCAGGAUAUGACUGUGGGUAAUGGGAAAAAAAAAAAACAAAAAAAACAACCUGACUGCUGUUCCAUGGCUAACAAAA